AUGGUGCCGCAGCCGCCAGCGGUCACUGUGCUCCGCGGCCUUCGCAAACCCCACUGGUGCUGCGGGCAAUGCGGGCGCGCGGGGAACUGGGCGUGCCGCAUCCACUGCCUCUGCGGGGGUGACGCGCCUGCUGCCAUCGUCUCGCGUGCUCACCAGAAGCACAAGGAGGCCGACGCUGGCGGAGGCGGCGGCAAGAAGGCGGGCUUCAAGCAAGGAGGCUCGUCGACGCAGGGCAUCCCCAAGCAGCUCGCGGAGUGGAUGCAGGCCAUCGAGAUGCGCUUGGCGCCGCCCGACAAGGAGUGGCCCAAGCCUGGCGGCACAGCGCCGUGGCGCGAGGCCGCAGACGGUGCUGACCCUGACAAGAAGUCGCAGAGUGCCAAGCUCGGCGAGCGGAUCACGGAGCUCGAGGAGUGCCUAAAGAAGCUUCCGCCCGCCGACGAGCGCAACAAGGAUCUUCUGGGUCCAACCGAGAAGAAGUUGGAGACACAUACGUGCGGAGAAGCGUGCGCUACUCAGGAUCCGCAGCGGGCGCGGAACGGCCUGGAGAAGUUGGAGAAGGAGUUGGGUGAGAAGGAGCGCCAGCUUGAUGAGCUGGCCAAGGGCAUCGCGACGCGCAAGGAGACGAUCGCAGCCAAGAAGUUGGAGGUGGCGGCGCUGGAUGCAGAGUUCAGCGAGUCGGCCAAGAACGUCACCACCGUUGCGGCCGACAUCGUCCUCGUUGAGGAGGACGUGGCCGACCAGCCCGACCUCGUCGCCGUCCUCAAGUCUGAGGCAUGGGUCAAGCUCAAGUCGGCGGUCGCCAGCAAUGCUGCUGCCCGCGCUGCCAGCAUUGGGACUGUUCCUCCUGCUGCUGAUGCUGCCGAUGAGGCUAUGCCUGCCCCCACGGAGGUGCAGAAGCGGGCCCUCUAUCACGCUCGGAGUGAAGGGAGCGUCGAUGACUUCACGUCCGCCUUCGACACCAUGUGGUCCGAGCUGGCGGCCAAGCGAGCGCGGCAUGGGCCGACGGUCGGCGCUGAGUUCAGCGUCGAGACCUACAACGCCAGCGGCGGCAAGGCGUCCGUCAAGAAGCGCCUUGCCAGCGCGGUGGCAAGCGUGGUGCUGCUGCAGGAGUUCGGGCACAUCAGCGAGCAGCAUGUUCUUAUAGAUUUAACCGAGCUGCCUGUCGGCCUGCAUGCCUUCAACGUGCACCUGCACACUGGUGAGGGCGCCGCUGGCCGCAACGACAGACUGUUGCAGGAGUUGGGCCUCGCUGCUGAGGCACUGGGCGGUCCCGCCGUCAUCGGCGGUGGCUGGAACAUGUGCCCAGGCGACGCUGAGCACGCGAAGCGACUGGUCUACACGGCGGCGUCAAAGAUGGGCACUCAGAUCACCAUCGGGCCGCAGGACUUGGCGAUGGCUGCCGAGGAGAUCCUCAACUUCACCGCUGCCAGCUACCACGUGCAGGGUCUUGCCGCGCGCCUCGACCGAUAUGUUCAGCAGGCGCGCGGCAUGUUGCAGGCUAUCUUCGACGAGGAGGCGCGCCGCGUGUUCCUAGGGGACAUCGAGCCCGACGUCAAGCUUGCGGUCAAUUGA